AUGAAACAACAUUAUCAACGUCGACAUCAAGACCAUCAUCACUGGUCAAAGAGUCUACAGUUCCAGGAGCAACUCGUUGCGAAUGGUAAAAAAGGCCGAUGUGGCUUUCGUAGGUUUUACCUAUCCGUCCCCAGAAUACCUUACACCCCAAGGCCUACCCUCCCUGUUGGACGAUUCGCGAGCCGCAACAACGACAGGAAGAUCGACAACCUUCUUGCGUCUAGCUCUGAACUCAUCAGUUGGCACAACAUGCUUGCAAGCCUGGUCGGCUAG